AUGUGCUCCCUGCCCAUGGCAAGAUACUACAUAAUCAAAGACACAGACCAGAAGGUUCUGUACACAAGAGAUGGCCAGCUCCUGGUGGGAGAUCCUGAUGCAGACAGCUGCACUGCAGAGAAGAUCUGCAUACUUCCCAACCGAGGCCUAGACCGCACCAAGGUCCCCAUCUUCCUGGGGACCCAGGGAGGGAGUCGCUGCUUGGCAUGUGUAGAAACAGAAGCCGGACCUUCGCUGCAGCUGGAGGAUGUGAACAUUGAGGACCUGUACAAGGGUGGCGAAGAGGCCGCACGCUUCACCUUCUUCCAGAGCAGCUUGGGCUCUGCCUUCAGGCUCGAGGCUGCUGCCUGGCCUGGCUGGUUCCUCUGUGGCCCGGCUGAGCCCCAGCAACCAGUAGGGCUCAGCAAGGAAAGUGAGCAUUCAGGACGCACUGAGUUCUACUUUGAGCAGAGUCGGUAG